AGGGAUCCCCGGGCUGAGGCGGCGGAGGUGCUGCGGCCCGGGGCCGGGUGGUGAAUGGGCUGGUGGUGCUCGCUGCUGCUGCUGAGAGGAGGAGGAGGAGGAUGAAGAGUUGGGCUUGUUUGUCUCCCACAGUUUCUCUCCUGCUGCUCUGAUUCCCACCCCCCAUUCCGGCCCGGGGCCUGUGUGUGUCUCUCCUGGAGGAGGAGGAGGCUCCAGUUCCUCCCCCCACCCCCUCCUCCCCACCCCCCUUGCCUGGGGAAGAGGAGGAAAGAAACAGCCCAGAGAGAGAGAGAGAGUGAGUGAGUGAGAGAGGGAGAGAGAGAGGAGAGGAGGAGGAGGAGGAGGGAGAAGGGAACAACCUACCAUCUUAACACACUAAUAUCUAAAAAGUGCGAGAGGCCCAGAGCAGCAGCAGAAGCAGCAGCAGCAGCUCCAGCUUCUUCCCUCCCUCCCCAUGAAGAAGAGUUCCCUCCUCCUCCUCCUCCUGCUUCUCCUGCUCAGAGUUCCUGCCUCCAGCUGCCAGGGGGGACAGCCAGCCAGCAGCAGGAGGGCUGCACACACCCACUUGGAGACUGGUGCUCUAGAUAGGCCAUUCCUCCUGCAGAAGAGCCAGCCAUGGGGACAGCUGGAGGACAGUUGGUAAAAGGGGGCUAGAGAGCUGAAGGAGAGCCACUUUCCCCAAAAUUGGACUUCUCAGAACCUUUAAUAUGCUAAUGUGCAUUGUGAAUCUCCAAGAGGGGGAUAUGAUAUGCAGCAUUCUUGAAUACUUCUAAUGACAGGGAGCCCACUACCUCAUAAGCUGCAUCAAGAAGAAGAGUUUGUUAUUUUAAACAGAGGCUGAAGAAACUGUAGAAUUAGCAGACAUAAGAGAAAGUGGAGAAGGUAGAGGAUGGAGUUGCAGACUCUACAGGAGGCUCUUAAAGUGGAAAUUCAGGUUCACCAGAAACUGGUUGCUCAAAUGAAGCAGGAUCCACAGAUAUUUUUUCUUUCCAAUCAGAAUGCUGACUUAAAGAAACAGCUUCAUGAACUCCAAGCCAAAAUCACAGCUUUGAGUGAGAAACAGAAAAGAGUAGUUGAACAACUACGGAAGAACCUGAUAGUAAAGCAAGAACAACCAGACAAGUUCCAAAUACAGCCAUUGCCACAAUCUGAAAACAAACUACAAACAGCACAGCAGCAGCCACUACAGCAACUACAGCAACAACAGCAGUACCACCACCACCACGCCCAGCAGCCAGCUGCACCCUCUCCCAACUUGACUGCUUCACAGAAGACUGUAACUACAGCUUCUAUGAUUACCACAAAGACACUACCUCUCGUCUUGAAAGCAGCAACUGCGACCAUGCCUGCCUCUGUUGUGGGCCAGAGACCUACCAUUGCUAUGGUGACCGCCAUCAACAGUCAGAAGGCUGUGCUCAGCACUGAUGUGCAGAACACACCAGUCAACCUCCAGACGUCUAGUAAGGUCACUGGGCCUGGGGCAGAGGCUGUCCAAAUUGUGGCAAAAAACACAGUCACUCUGCAGGUUCAGGCAACACCUCCUCAGCCCAUCAAAGUACCACAGUUUAUCCCUCCUCCCAGACUCACUCCACGUCCAAACUUUCUCCCACAGGUUCGACCCAAGCCUGUGGCUCAGAAUAACAUUCCUAUCGCCCCAGCACCUCCUCCCAUGCUUGCAGCUCCUCAACUUAUCCAGAGGCCCGUCAUGCUGACCAAGUUUACCCCGACAACCCUCCCCACAUCCCAGAACUCCAUUCACCCUGUCCGUGUUGUCAAUGGGCAGACCGCAACCAUAGCCAAAACGUUCCCCAUGGCCCAGCUCACCAGCAUUGUGAUAGCUACUCCAGGGACCAGACUCGCUGGACCUCAAACUGUACAGCUUAGCAAGCCAAGCCUUGAAAAACAGACAGUUAAAUCCCACACAGAAACAGAUGAAAAACAAACAGAGAGCCGAACCAUCACCCCGCCUGCUGCCCCCAAACCAAAACGGGAAGAGAACCCCCAGAAACUUGCCUUCAUGGUGUCUCUAGGGUUGGUAACACAUGACCAUCUAGAAGAAAUCCAAAGCAAGAGGCAAGAGCGAAAAAGAAGAACAACAGCAAAUCCAGUAUACAGUGGAGCAGUCUUUGAACCAGAGCGUAAGAAGAGUGCCGUCACAUACCUAAACAGCACAAUGCAUCCUGGGACCCGGAAGAGAGGUCGUCCUCCAAAAUACAAUGCAGUGCUGGGGUUUGGAGCCCUUACCCCAACAUCCCCCCCAUCCAGUCAUCCCGACUCCCCUGAAAGUGAAAAGACAGAGACCACAUUCACUUUCCCUGCACCUGUGCAGCCUGUGUCCCUGCCCAGCCCCACCUCCACAGACGGUGAUAUCCAUGAGGAUUUUUGCAGUGUUUGCAGAAAAAGUGGCCAGUUGCUGAUGUGCGACACAUGCUCCCGAGUGUAUCACCUGGACUGCUUAGACCCACCUCUGAAAACAAUUCCCAAGGGCAUGUGGAUCUGUCCAAGAUGUCAGGACCAGAUGCUGAAGAAGGAAGAAGCAAUUCCUUGGCCCGGAACUUUAGCAAUUGUUCAUUCCUAUAUUGCCUACAAAGCAGCUAAAGAAGAAGAGAAACAGAAAUUACUUAAAUGGAGUUCAGAUUUAAAACAAGAACGAGAACAAUUAGAGCAGAAGGUGAAACAGCUCAGCAAUUCUAUAAGUAAAUGCAUGGAAAUGAAGAAUACCAUCCUCGCCCGGCAGAAGGAGAUGCACAGCUCCCUGGAGAAGGUAAAACAGCUGAUCCGCCUCAUCCACGGCAUCGACCUCUCCAAACCUGUGGACUCUGAGGCUGCCGUGGGGGCCAUCUCCAAUGGCCCGGACUGCACCCCCCCUGCCAGCGCCGCCACCUCCACGCCGACCCCUUCCCCCUCCUCCCAGAGCUGCACAGCGAACUGUAGCCAGGGGGAAGAGACUAAAUAACAGAGCCCUCCCGAGAAGCCGCGGGCUCCUGCGGCAAGGAGAAACAACACUGAAGACUCUAGAAAAGCAAAGCCGGAUUUCUUCUGGGAAGUACAGGAUUCUUUUGGUUCUUUGGUUCCAGAGAGAGGGAAGAUGCUUGUGCCAGGUGGCACCCGAGUUUGCCAAUUGAUCCUUCUUAUUCUGUGUGUACACGCGAAGAUUGGACCACGUUACAUGAAAUAGUGCCAGCUGGAGGUUCUUUGCCAGCACCAUGCCAAGUGAAAUAAUAUAUUUACUCUCUCUAUUAUACACCAGUGUGUGCCUGCAGCAGCCUCCACAGCCACGAUGGGUUUGUUUUUGUUUUGUUGGGUGGGGAGCAGGGAUGGGCGGAGGGAGGAGAGCAGGUUCAGAUCCUUAUUUGCCGAGCCGUUUGUCUAGGUAGAGAAGACAAGUCCAAAGAGUGUGUGGGCUUUCCUGUUUCUAAACUUUCACUACUAUCAAACCAAAAAAUGGAAAUCGAGAUUUAACCAACCCCAGUGCCCAGAAGAGGGAAGGGGGAGGGGCCGGGAGGGAGCAGGGGUGGGAAAGUGUAUCAGAUAAGCAGUAUUUAACAUUGUCUGGGGCCUGGGGGAGAGGACGCCAAGCAGCCCUGGGCUCUCCUCCCAGCCCGCUCCUGCGCUCCCCACGCCCCGCCUCCCUCCUCCCCUCCUGGCGUGCCCCACAGUGAUCCCCUCAGUCCCUCUGGAGACCAAGGCAAGCCCAGCCAGGGGCCUGCUGACCUUGCCCAAGGCAGGCAAGAAGGGUGUGUGUGUGGUCCAGCGAAGAAAAAAGGUGAAUCAGUGAUUUUACUUGAAAACAAGCUCCAUCCCUUUUCUAUAUUUAUAAGAAGAGCAGAUCCUGAGUGAAGCAGCACCAACCCAGGUGUGUGAGAAUCGAAUGGAGACGUUUCUUUGCUCUUUUUUUUAUUUUUGUUUUUGUUCUUUUUUCCUUUAAACAAAGUUUUAUUUUGUUGUUUAUUUUACUUUUUUUGUAACAAAAACUAAAAUAAGGAAUAGAAAAGCUGUUUUUCAGGCUGACAGUCCAAUUAAGGGUAGUCGAGACCUUGCAUGGUAGAAUAGGAACCAUAGUGUCAGUGAGGUCCUGUGAGUCUGUGUGAGUCCUGUGUCAUCGUUCGGGCACUGUUUUUUUAUGCAAGGGCAAAAAUCUUUGUAUCUGGGGAAAACAACAACAACAACUUUUUUUUAAAUUAAAAAGGAAAAUAAAAGAUAUUGAGGUCUUCCUAGUGUUACUUAAAUUAAGAUCAAGGUAAGAAACAUUGUAAAAAAAAAUUACAAAAGUGCUAUUUGUUUCCUAAAAACAGUGAUUUCUAUUAAAAAGGUGUCAGAACUGGAGAAAACGCCGUGUAGUUAUAAUUUUUUAGCACAGAACCUGCUGAUCAUGAUGACAUUUUGCUGUGUUUGUGUCUCUAGCCUGGUGGCCAGUCUCCACGAAGGGCUGGGUGGGGCUCUCCCUGCCCUCCUCCCCUUCUCAGAAAAGACUGCCCUCUCUUCCUGGUGCAGGGAUCUUGUCUCCUGUGUUUGCAGCCCAGAUGGAGUGUGCAUGGUGUCAGGGCCCUUCCCACGGUCUCCUCGAUUUCGCUAGAGCACAGGCUGGUGCCUAAUGAGACCUCUUCCUUUGGUGCUGCUCUCAGUCUUUCAGCCACCAGCAUUAUGAGUGCCUGGGGGGCGCCUCUGAGGGGAAAGGCCAUUGAGGCUCCUUGGUGCCCAUGCACCCUGGCCUCAGGGAGGGUGCAGGGGUGCAGGCUGGCUGCAUCAGCCCUUGGUGCUUAGAGAGAACAAAGGAGGAGGGAGAUGUCUCGUGGGUGCAUGUGUCUCUGAUGGCCUUCAAGUCUGUCUUGCUUUUGAAGAGAGGUCUGAAGCUCCUGCCACUUCCUCUGCCUGCUGGCUCCAGGCACCAGACAGUUUGCUCCACUCCACCUCCUGGGUGACCCUGGGCUAGAAUCGCUGUGCUUGCCUUGCUUGGCCUGUUGUGUCCUCUCUUUCUUGGAAAACUGGGUCUCUGAAAGGCUUAGAUCAUCUUUCUCAUUGUGCCAGUGGGAAAUUGUGUUGGAUGCGUGCUUUUUCUGGAGACCUUUGUCCCUGGUGUGUCCCAGACUGAAGGGACAGAGACAGAGGCUUGGCCCUGCCCCAUUACAGCAUCUCUCCUGAGCCCACGCCAGACCUUAUAAUGCCAGAGUCUAGGAGUGGCAGAAAAGGCCCUUUUAGAUUCUCCCUUGCCUAGCAAGGCCCAGAGGGGCAACGUUAGAUCCUGGAAGCAAGCACAGCAAAGAUAUGCUUCUUAGAGUGAAUUCGGUCUCAUCCAUACUGUCCACUUCAUUCAUCUUUCCAGGGUGUCAGGACAGGACACUGUCCAACAACACAGGUCUUAGGCUUAGGCCCUGGCUGCCAGUUGGUUGAGGGGACCAGAGAAGAGCUCCAUUUCCUCAAGCAGAAACCAAGGUGCUAUGUCUAGUCAGGGAGCUUUGGUGCUGCCUGGACUAGUUGGAGGAAUCUGGCGGGGAAUCAGAGACCAGCAGUAGGCUGCACGCCCUUGUCUCCGCUCUCCCAUUUGACUUGUCCGGGCCCAUAGGCUGGGUCUUGCCAUACAAUACCUGUCUUUUCUGGAAAGCAGCUGGGAAGCCAUCACUGGAGGCCUUUGCUCUGAGGGGAGCUGCCUGAGGAGUUGCAGGCCAGGGGCCAAGAACUGACUAGUGGCUUGCCUGCUUUCUGACCUCACCUAAUGUUUCCUUUCUGGCUUUUUCCUGGAGUUCUAUGGGUCAACUGUUGUGGAGUGCAGAACGUUGGCAACCUGCCACAAGGUCCAUUCUGGUCUCCAACUCCCAAGUGCUGCUUUACUAUAAAGAAAGGGUCCUGAUCACACGAUCUUCACAGUCAUGCCAAGGAAAGAGCUCUUCUCUGUCCUCCAGACAGUGGUGCCCAUGACCACCUGGGACAUAGUCACUCAGCCCCAUCUGAGCUGCUCUGCUCCUUCUUCCUCCUGUGCUUCCCCUGGCCUGGCAUUUGGCUGCUCUGACAUCCACAUAGUGACCAGCUGGCUUUGCAGUCCCUUCAGAGGGCCCUGGCCUGGUGUUCCUGUCAGUCUCUGCUCAGCCGCAAGUCCUGGAGGCAGUGAGGUCAUGCUGCUUGAUCCCCACCUUCUGCAUUCUUGGCGCCUGCAGGUCCUUUUCCUUUCUGGAGCCUGCUGGAUCUUGUCUCACCUUGGCUGAGCUCAUCCAGCUCCAAGUUCUUCCUUCCUUAUCUGGCCCUUUGGGGCAAGCUUGCUGGUGGCACCUGACAGAGAGGACCCAGCUAGGGACGGUCCCUGGCAGGGCCAUGCCUGUGUGGGGCCUGUCUCUGGAGCCUGCUACGAGGCCAGUGCGCCUGCAGCUGGCACCAUCUGGGUGCCCAGUUUUCCUGCAGGCCUGCUCCUGCCCCUGCUGCUGCUUGGCCCCGGCAGCCAGCAGUGUGAACGGGUGCACUUGCAGACAGUGCUUCCCUAGAGUGCCCUGUUGCCAGUCGCCUCAGUCUCCACCUGUUCAGCUAGCUGCUCCCACGCCACCUCUGCCGCUUCCUCUCCGGGCCAUCGGAGCCCCUUGUGCUCUGCUCACCAAGGCCGCAGCCCACACACUCUUAGGUGGUCUCUUCCCUUCUCUCCCUUCUUGGGUGUGGUCCUUAUUUAUCUAAAGCGCUGAAUUUAGGAGACUUUCACCCAGGGGCAGAAGGCUCCUGGGGUGGCAGGAUGGAUAGGGCCCAGGAACAUUUUCCAGGUCCUGGGUUCUCCACUCCGGUGGCUUCUGUGAAUGGAGGCAGCGUGGCCGUGUAAGCAACUGGACCGCACCCCACCCCUCAGCCAGCACCCUUGGCAGGAAACAGGAGUCCCAUUCCCUCCCCAGCUUACAGCUCCUCUCCAGGAGGGGAGUGGCGGACCCUGGGGAGACUCCUCUGGCCCACCCACUAGGGGAAAGGGGAGGAAGCUGGGGUCACCCCACCAGAGAGCCAGGUGGGAACCCUUAAGAGUAGCUCUGGUGAGGGAAGGGCAGGGCUCACAAAUUCCACUUGGCACCCCCGCUCCCAAGGCUCUUCCUCCUGAGGACCCCUACCCCAUGGCAGCCACUGGGCCCUGGCGCCUCUCUCCAGCCUCCCCGGUUCUCAGCCCAGGGUGAGCUGCAGUCAGGUGGGGCGGGACGGGCAGGCCAGAGGUCAGCAAGCUCUGUGCAGAGGAGAGCCAGCCAGACCCCAAUCCUGUCUCUUGUCCAUGCCCUUUGUGAUUUCAGUCUUGGUAGAACUUGUAUUUGGAGUUUUGUGCUUCAAAGUUUUUGUUUUUGUUUGUUUGAUUUUUGUUUUGAGGGGGUGGGGGGGAAACAGAGCAGCUGAUCAAUUUGUAUUUAUUUAUUUUAACAUUUUACUAAAUAAAGCCAAAU